UGCAUGCGAGUGUGAAGAGACAAGUUACUCUAGUCACGAUGGUGGCUUUUUGUUCUGUUUCCAUUAGUAGGUUGAUUCGUGUGGAUUUAUAAAGGCAUUCGUACAACAAUGGAAUCAUAAUUAUUAUGAUAAAGAUUGGCAGAGCCACCAGAUAUUUCAGUCAACGUUUUGUCGUUGAGAACAGUACAAAUAUCUUGCGUGUAUAAUGGUCCAUCAGACGGAUUAGUAAAUAUUUAUCAAAAGCAUGGUAAAAAUACAACCCUCAGAGUAAGGGUUGAGGAAACUUCUGGGAAGUGCAAAGCAACGUCUGAUAAGCAAUCGGUACAAAUUGCGUGUACUUGUUUAGGAAAAAGUCAUGUUCUGUGCAAUAUUUCUGAUUCUUCAAGGUCAACUGCAGGGGAAAAAUGGAGUUGUUUGUUAUUCAAGGACGCAAAAGCUAUUUAUAGCGAUCAAGAAGACGCGUUAUUUAACGUUAUCAGCACUCAAGCAAUACAAGAGUGGCCGAUCGAACAUUCAAUGGGUAUAAAUGUCGUCGCAGAAAACACAAAUUAUAUAACUUCUACAAUUGAUGCAGAGAGUCGCAUUACUGAAAUAAGGGAAGGUUCCACUGCAAUAGAUUACACCUAUACCUCUUCCGUGACAGAAUAUUUCGUGGCCAGUAACACGCCUGUCACCGAUUUAAACGGUAAUGAACUGCCUGGCGUCAUGGACCAAAUUGCAUUAUCGAACCGAGAAUUGAUAGUGAUCUUUACAGCAGCGGGAUCAGCAGUUUUAAUUGCUGUAUGCGCCUCCAUAUGUACAUAUUGGAAAUUGAAAACGGGAUUAAGAGCAGUCAAUAAUCAAGUUACUGAAAACGAUAACACGACAGGUCAACACAAUGCCAUUGAUGCAAAUAUUUUACAAAUUCCCCUACAAGAUAGCACAUAUGUUCAUUACCAUGAAAUCUCAGAAGUUUCAAUAGUAAAUAUAAAUCCAUGUGACAACCUGAACAAUGAAAUAAACAUCGCAGACAGACAUGAUGGUCAUCUGUCAACACCCACGAUGGAAAUGCUUCAUAUGACAGAAGACGAUCCAUCAACAUCUUUUGCUGGAAAACCUCUACAAAACUAUCCUGUGCCGAUUUUGUUUAUGGCAUUAGCAGAUACGACUUUUUCUGAUGUUGAUGAACCUGGGUUCGGAAAUCUCAAGUCUAGGACUGAUGUGGAGAGUGCUCGUUACGAAUAUUUGAACCCGGAAACCCGUGAUAUGAAAUCCCAAUACAACUCACUUGUUUAGCAAAGAUGUGAUUGAAUGCUUUUUUCUUCAAAUUUGACAAACAGAAAUCUAAAGUUCGACAAACUAAAACUGCAGUGCAAUGUUCCUCGAUUAACCGAAUAAUCAUUUUUAUAGCUGUUGCUGAGAGAAUGAAGAUUGUGUUAAAAAUCAACUUGCAUUGUGUUGCAAGGA